AUGAAGCAAUUCCUUCAAAGUAUAUGCAUAAAGAAAAGUGAAGGAAAAGUGUUGUGUUUGUUAUGGCUAAUAUGGUGCAUUUACGUACAAGAAAAUACUACAAACCAAGACAUACGUGAAUCAGAUUUCAAAACGUUAUUUAGAUUUGAGGAGGAGAAUGUGGUGUGGUUGGCGGACCACUUUCUUGGCGCGGAUCUUGAAACACGUGGAGCAGCCCUAUCACCUGUGCAGAAAAUGAAAGUAUUUCUGCGUUAUUGUGCGAAUCCUGGAUUCCAGAGCGGAAUUGCUGAAGAAUUGGGAUGUACGCAGCCCACAGUGUCCAGAAUAUUUCAUGAGGUGCUUGAGCAGCUUGUACAACAGGCUGGUGAAUGGAUUCGGUCCCAGAAAACAUCAGAAAAUCAAAUCAUGCAGGCCAAAGAAAAGUGGCUGACCAGGUUCGAUUUCCCAACAGCCAUUGGGGUUAUUGACUGCACGCAGAUUCGUAUUAAAAAGCCAGCCCAAUUUAGAGACGAAUAUAUAAAUCGAAAAGGUUUUAGCAGUAUUAAUGUGCAGGCCACAUGCGACCAGAAUUGUGUUAUAACUAGUAUAGAUGCAAGUUAG